AUGAAGCUCAUUACAACCCUCACCCUUGCCCUUGCAGCUGAUGCAGUCAGCGCAGCAGCCCUACAAGCCCGCCACUACCUCUUCCCCGCCCUAACCGGCACAGCAGACUGGUCCUCCGUCCGCAUAACCGCAAACCACUACUCCAACGGCCCCGUAACCGACGUAACCUCCUCUGCACUCCGCUGCUACGAACUCACCCCAGGUACCAGCGCAGCAGCAACCCAAAGCGUCGCCGCCGGAAGCAGCGUAAGCUUCAAAGUAACACCCAACAUCUUCCACCAAGGCCCGCUGCAAUUCUACAUGGCCAAAGUGCCCUCAGGAGAAACAGCAGCAACCUGGGACGGCAGCGGGAACGUGUGGUUCAAGAUCUUUGCCGAGAAGGCUAACGUAGCGAACGGUGCGCUGACAUGGGGGAGCAUGAAUGCUGCCACCGCGUCUGUGACAAUUCCGAAGAAUACACCGUCGGGCGAGUAUCUUUUGCGUAUUGAGCAUAUUGCGCUGCACUCUGCUAGUGCGAUUAAUGGCGCGCAGAUUUACUUGUCGUGUGCGCAGAUCAAGGUCACGGGUGGUGGGAGUGGGACGCCGGGGCCGCUAGUUACUUUUCCAGGGGCGUAUGUUGCGGGGGAGAAGGGGUUGCAGGUUAAUAUUUACAGUGGUCAGACAAGCUACACGCCUCCAGGUCCUGCUGUGUGGACUGGUUAG